UUUUUUUAUCGGUCGACAAACACUAUAGAAUCCUAGAGAGCAUCAAACCGAAUCUUUGCAUAGAGAGUCAAAACUCAAACGCGGCGGCAUCCACCCUCCAAAGCCAACCCAACUCUCAAACCGGUGAAUUGGGUUUGGUGCCUUUUCUUCAACUUUCCCCGGAAACCAACGACCAAGAUCCAUCCACGUCAUCAUCCAUACCCACCGCCGGAAAAUAAAAAAAAGAAAUGAAAACAACAAAUUCAUUCAAUCCCAUGAUUAUUUUUUUAAAAAAAACCCAAAAAAGAUUAUAAAGAUUUAACCUUUUAUGAAAUUUAUUCCCAUAAUGGAUCAAUUUUCUUUUGUUUCUAUAGUAAAAAUUGAAUCUUUUUAUUGUUUUGUUAAUUUUAUUGUUGUUUAUCGUAUACCCUUCAUUCAUUUUUAAUAAAAUUUCAAUUAGCAGCAGCUGUUACAAAUGGGGAAACAACGUCGUAAUCAGCGAAAAAAUGCUGCUAUGUUGGAUAGUGAUGAUACGGAUAGUGUUAGUUCUUCGUCAACUAUGCGGUCAGAACAAAUGCUAGUAGCGAAUGGUGGUGGGGAGGAAGUGCAAGAUGAUAAAGACAGUGUUCUUGAUCAAAGUUUAGAUGCUUUGUUUGAGAAAAGGGGAUCGACGAGGGAAAAGGCUUUGGAGACAAUCAUAGAGACUUUUAAUAGCAACUUGCCUCAUGAAUUUGUCGAAAAGAAGUUUGCAACGAUGCUACAUCAGUGUUUGAAUUCAAUUAAGAAGGGUUCUGCAAAAGAGGUGGCCUUAGCAUCUCAUGCCAUAGGAUUACUGGCUCUGACUGUUGGCUCUGGUAAGAAGGCACAAGAAAUACUAGAAGAAUCAGUUUUUCCUAUUUCGGAGGCUCUUAAAUCUCGUUCCGAGUCAUCAAAAGUAGCAUCGUUGCUAGAUUGCUUGGCUGUGAUCACUUUUGUUGGUGGAGAUGAACCUGAAGAAACCGAUAAGUGCAUGCAAAUAAUGUGGCAAGUCGUUCAUCCAAAAUUGGGCCCCAAUGUUGUUGCCACUAAACCUUCACCACCAGUAAUAACGGCUAUGGUAUCAGCUUGGUCUUUUCUUCUCACAACAAUGGAUGUCUGGACACUUGAUCCUAAAAGUUGGCAAGGGUCAAUAUCUUAUUUUUCAACUCUGUUAGACAAGGAUGACAGAUCUGUGCGUAUAGCUGCUGGUGAAGCCCUUGCAUUAAUUUUUGAAAUAGGUAAUCUUGAGAAGUUUUCUACUGUCUCUAAAGGGUCGAGUGAGAGCUCAGCCGAGGACAAGAAUAUUGCUCGGAAUGUUACACAUAUUCAAGGUCUGAGAGCCAAAAUUUUGAAUCAAGUUAGGGACCUUUCUGCUGAAGCAGGUGGGAAGGGUUCUGCCAAGAAAGACCUUAAUAAUCAGCGCAACACAUUCCGAGACAUUCUAGAAUUUCUUGAGGAUGGUUACAGCCCGGAAACCUCUGUUAAGAUCGGUGUAGACUCACUUGCCACCACAACAUGGUACCAGUUGAUACAGCUUAACUUUUUAAAGCGUUUUCUUCGAGGAGGAUUUAUUAAACACAUGCAGGAAAAUGAAUUUCUUCAUGAGGUGUUUGAAUUCACACCCAAAAAGAAGCUUCUCUCAAGCGGGGAGCGUGUGUCUGGAGUCGAAAAGAGAAUGUAUAAAUCGCCAAACUCGGCUCUCAAUAAAGCAAGGACACAGUACCUGAAUAAGCAGAGAAUGUUGUCUCGGGAUAAGAAUGCUGGCCAUUUUGCAUCAGGCUUUGACGAGUGAAAAGCCACACUGUAUGCUGCAACAGAUCUGUAACCUUAUUGUCCAAGUUCAUUUAUACACCAACGCUUAGAAUUUUGUUAGUAUUAGAUCCAUUAAUACUCUAGUUUUCAGUAUGAUGAAAACUUUAUAAUAAUAAUGUACAAUAUUUAGUGAUAAUGAGCAUAUUCAUUGUUAUGUAAAAUUUAUAACUCCAUUUGUAUUCAAAAUUUUGAAGCAGCUUUGUUUUGUUUA